UUGCACCGGCGGACUAAUUCGUGUUGUGUGUGCUGCGGCUCUUGUCACUCUUUCGCUGUGCGGCUGAGAGCGCAUUCUCUGUCAGCGUCUAAGGACCAAUUCAUUCUGAUAUCAGCAAUCUGAAAAUAGGGACAAAACAACGUAGUUAUUUAGAUAUUAACUGAACUCGUCUGUCUUCAUCUAUUCUACACGGAGCAUACCUUUAGAAGAGAUUGCAAUGCUUCAAAUAAGGGAUCUCCUUUGGACAUUGCUUUUCUGUGGUUAUGCAGCUGCCUUACAAGUGGAAAUCAUUCCAGCUCAAGGCGAAAUCAGUGUGGGAGAGUCCAAAUUCUUUUUGUGUGAAGUUUUGGGAGAGGUUAAGGAAAUUGACUGGUUUGCUCCCAGUGGUGAGAAGCUCUUGCCAGGCAGAACGGACAUCACCAUCAGCCAUCAAUCUGACGAGUCCACAUCGACGCUAACAAUCUACAAUGCAAACAUUGACCACGCUGGAAUGUACAAGUGUGUGGCCAAAAGCGGGGAGAAGGAAUCUCAGGCCACCGUCGUUGUAAAAAUUUUCCAGAAACUCACUUUCCAGAACGCCCCGUCACCUCAAGAGUUUAAUGAGGGUGAUGAUGCUAACAUAAUCUGUGAUAUCAUAAGCUCACCACCACCGACCGUAAUCUGGAAGUAUAAAAAGAUGAGAAUCCAACCUGAGAAAGAUGUCCGUUUCAAGGUCCUGAGCAACAACCACCUCCAGAUUCGCGGAAUCAAGAAGACAGAUGAGGGUGACUACACCUGUGAGGGCCGCAUCAUGGCCCGGGGUGAAAUCGACUUCAGGGUCAUCAAGGUCACUGUCAACGUUCUGCCAAGUGUCAGAACCCGCUACACUGAGCUUAAUGCCACUGCGGACAUCGGCCAGGCUGUAACUUUGGGCUGUUACGCAGAUGGCUACCCAGAACCCACGGUCACUUGGGUGCGUGCUAAUAUCGUGCUGGAAUCUGGUGAGAAGUACAGUCUGAAUGAAGAUGGAUCUGAGUUGACCAUUAAGGACGUCAAGAAGGUUGAUGAAGGAGAUUACCAAUGCAUCGCCAAAAACAAGGCUGGAGAGAAGAGCGCGGAAGUGAGCCUCAGUGUGUUCGUGCAACCGAGGAUCACGUUCUUGGAAAACCAGACGGCCUCGGAGCUGGAGGAGAAGAUCACGCUAACCUGUGAGGCCACAGGUGACCCCACCCCCAAAAUCAUCUGGAGCUUUGGACGCCGCAUCUUCACCGAGAAUGAACAGGAACCACACAAGUCAGGAAUCCCAAUGCAGAGGGUUUUAAUGAGGAACACAAAAUAUCAGUGGGCUUCGUGGACUCGACCUGAGAAACACAAGAGUCUGGACGGUAACGUGAUUGUACGCAGUGAUGCCCGCGUGUCCUCUUUGACGCUGAAGUAUGUGCAGUUCACGGAUGCUGGCCAGUACCUCUGCACCGCCCGCAACUCCAUUGGUCAGGACAUCCAGGGCAUGUACCUGGAAGUGCGCUACGCGCCAAAGAUCCAGGGCCCUUCGGCGGUGUUCACCUGGGAGGGAAAUCCAGCCAACAUCACCUGUGAAGCUUUGGCUCACCCCAGCGCUUCUGUUUUGUGGUUCCGUGAUGGCCAGCAGCUUCCCAACACUAAUACCACAAACGUCAAGAUCUACAACACUCCCACCGGCAGCUUCCUGGAGGUCACUCCGGAGUCCCAGAACGACUUUGGCAGUUACAACUGUACAGCCACCAAUGUCAUCGGCACAGAGUCAAAGGAAUUCAUUCUGGUUCAAGCAGAUGUGCCUUCGGCCCCCUCUAUCGAUCGCAUAGAGCCGUAUUCCAGCACAGCGCUGUUGGAAUUCGAUGAGCCAGCCUCCAGUGGAGGAGUGCCCAUCCUUAAAUACAAAGCUGAGUGGAGAAUAAAAGACCAAGACUGGACCGACAGAGAGUAUGACGUCGAGGAUGGUCUCAACUUGAUCACCAUUGUUGGGCUGAAGCCCGAGACCAUUUAUGAGGUCAAGAUGUCCGCCAUCAACGGAAAGGGUGAAGGAGAGAGCAGCCCUCCGGAGAGCUUUAAAACUCAACCUGUCCGGGAACCUAAUCCUCCCAAACUCGAGGCUAAACCACAAUCCACGGGCAAUGAGAUAAAGGUUCACUGGAUCAAACAGGACGAUGGGGGCUCUCCUAUCAAACACUAUCUUGUGCGCUACAAAGCUAAGAAUCGCCAAGACUGGAAGCAAGAGAUGCGUCUGCCCAACGGCAGUGAGUAUGUCGUGCUGAGCGGUCUGGAGUGGAACACAGAGUAUGAAAUUAACGUCGUGGCCGAAAACCAACGGGGACGCUCUGAACCCGGAAUCCUCUCCUUCAGGACCAUGCCAAAGCCCACAGCCAUUCCAGAAACCAGCUCAGGUUUGGGCACCGGAGCUAUCGUGGGCAUCCUCAUCGUAGUCUUCAUCCUGCUUCUCCUUUUUGUGGAUGUCACAUGCUACUUCCUCAACAAGUGCGGCCUCGUCAUGUGCAUCGCUGUCAACUUCUGUGGCAAGUCCGGCCCAUCCGCCAAGAACAAAGAUAUUGAAGAGGGAAAAGCUGCCUUUACGAAGGACGAAUCUAAGGAGCCCAUCGUGGAGGUAAGAACCGAAGAAGAGCGGACACCAAACCAUGAAGGAGGAGCCCCUACCGAACCCAAUGAGACCACCCCUCUGACUGACCCUGAGCAUGCUGCUGAUACCACAGCAACAGUUGUGGACUUGCUUCCCUCUGUAACCACUAACUCUGAUCCCGGCACUGACAGCCCUGCUAGCGAUUCCACCACCCUUACCUCAAGCACCGCCCCUGCCGCCGAUCCCACACCAGCCCCUAAAACUACCCCCAAAUCUACCGUCAGUUCUUCUACCUCCCCACAAGCUGCAUCGGCAGCAGUGGCCCCUCUGGUGGACCUGAGCGAUACGCCCUCCAACCAGACCUCAAAGUCCUUAGACACCCCCAAACCGACACCCGCCCCUGUCUCUGAUUCAACCGCCCCGUCCUCCACAACUCCCGCAGAUUCGGGCGUACCAGCGCACAGCACUGGGCCAAAGAACCCAUCUGAGUCUGCCUCCAAUCCCCCCCAAAGUCAGGACUCUCUGGUACAGGGAGGAGCCCUCCAGAAUGACCUUGCCAAGGAUGAAUUUGACGCACUGGGCAAACCCUCAGCCGCGCCGUCCGCACCCAAACAGAGCGAUGGUAAAGUCGCUGUAGAUGAUAAAAGUAAAGCCGUGGAGACGGAGGUAAAGAAAACCCCUACGGAGCUGAAGACGAUUCCCAACGAAGCACCCCAGACGAACGGCAACGAGAGCAAAGCGUGAUGCAGAACCGCACGCCAGUCGCAGGCAGACAGCACCACAUCAAAACACACGUCUCAAAUGAAAGGCUUUCUUCACUUGUCGUCUUUAAGUUUGCAGAACAAAAAAAAAACGUUUGUAGAUGUAUAGAGCAUCUAAAGAGCUCGUCACAUGCCUUUAUUUUGUACUUUUACUUUUGUUAGAAACUUUUAAAGAGAUUUUACCUCUCCUUGACUUGUAAGACUGCUUAUAUUUAAUGGCAUCAAUAGCUUUUAAAGGUGCAUUGUGUAACUUUUAGAAGGAUCUCUUGACAGAAACGCAAUAUUGUACACUUUACAAAAUGAACUGUAUUGUACCUUAGAAUAUGAGGCGUUUUUAUCUACAUACACCACUUGUCUCCUUACAUGAAAGUAGCAACAGACAAACGUUUCAAGCAGUGACGUGUUUGUCUCUACCGUAGCUUCUCUAUGCGUUUCGAAUGGGAGGGGUGAGCUGUGGACUGAGUUGGUUGUAAUGUCACCACUAAAAUCUACACAAUGGACCUUUAAAGAUAUUUGUAUAUAGACGACCAUGAAGAAUUCAAGAUUUGGCCUUUACAGUCAGACCACACAUAAACAGUUUCAGUUACGUCUCGUCUUAUUACUUGCAGUAUUGCCGUUGUUAUCGUCUGCCACAUCUUAUUAUUUUUGAUGUUUUACUUUUUAUGUGUGUUUAAAUAAUGUACAAAAGCAACCGCCUUGUUUUAUGUUAUUUUGAAGAGUUAGCGAUAGAUUGAUAGCAUGCUUGCUUGCUUCGCGCAAUUAUUUUUCUACAUCGUCGUUAUUUUUAAGCCCUGAACGUUUACAGCAUUUUACCGUGAUGUAAAAGGGACACUCCACUUUUUUGAAAAUAUGCUCGUUUUCUAGCUCCCCUAGAGUUAAACAUUUGAUUUUUACCGUUUUGGAAUCCAUUCAGCCGAUCUCCGGGUCUGGCGGUACUACUUUUAGCAUAGCUUAGCAUAAUCAACUAAAUCUGAUUAGACCAUUAGCAUCACGCUCAAAAAUAACCAAAAAGUUUUGAUAUUUUUCCUAUUUAAAACUUAACUCUUCGUGUACUCAGACCAAAGGAAAAUUAAAAAUUGAGAUUUUCUAGGCAGAUGUGGCUAGGACUAUACUCUCAUUCUGGCGUAAUAAUCAAGACUUUGCUGCCGU